AUGACCUCUUCACAGCCUCUCCCAGAUGAGAACGAGAUCCGCGAUGUAAUAAUCAUCGGCGCUGGUCCCUGUGGCCUCGCCGUCGCAGCACGAUUGAGCGAAGAAACCCCAUCCGCAGUUUUUACAGACGAAGAACACCAACGGUACCACUGGAUCAAGAAACACAGCGGAAAGAUGAGCCUUGCCCAAGCCCGGCACAACAAGAUAGGCGGAUUACGGGCAAUAAAGUGGGAUAGCGAGAAACAAUGUCUUUGUGAUGACCGUGGUCGACGAGAUUCAACGAACUCAACUUCUUCGGUUCCAUCUUUGACUGAAUCCUCGUCCUCACCAUCUUCCUCUACACUGGUACUUGAUGGAUCGGGUGACAAAUGGAUGCAGCGUUGGAACAAUGCAUUCAAGACCCUCGAGAUCCAACAGCUUCGCAGUCCGAUGUUCUUCCAUGUCGAUCCAGGUGAUCGGGAUGGUAUGCUGGCGUAUACACAGGAGACUGGAAGGGAUUCCGACCUGUGGGAGAUUCCAAAUUGUGUCGGAAAGGAAAUGAGCAAGCAUAAAAAGAAGAAGAGAAGACAGGGUGGGAAGAACCAAACCAUCGGAGGUGAAAUCGAUGAGAGAGACAGAAAAGAUUAUUUCUCCCCCUCGACGGAUCUGUUCGCCGAUUACUGCGAUUCAAUCAUCGAUCGAUACGGCCUGGACGAGCCGGGUCAAAUAUUACAACGCGAGGCAACUGAUCUUUCCUAUGGUUAUUUGUCGGACAACUCAACAUCAAAGGUGUUCACCAUCACCACCUCCACUGGAGAGAAAUUUUACAGCCGGACUGUCGUUCUUGCCAUUGGGCCUGGUGGAGCAGGAGUGUCAAAAAUUCAUCCGUGGAAGCCAACGUCCGAGCAAGAGGGAUCUGCUGCGUGUUGCCACAGCAUGGAAAUCAAGCAGUUCCCUAGCCCAGGUGUAGCCCAGAAGAUUCAACGACGACAGGAGACGAACGUUGUCGUCGUUGGAGGCGGGUUAUCUUCAGCACAGAUCGUUGAUAUGGCUGUCCGCAAAGGCGUGACAAAAGUGUGGUUCUUGAUGCGAUCUGGAUUGAAAAUCAAGCAUUUUGAUAUCAAUUUGUCAUGGAUGGGCAAGUAUAAAAACUGGGAGAAAGCAACCUUCUGGUCUGCCGACACCGACGAAGAACGACUUGAAAUGCUCCAAACCGCCCGCAACGGAGGUAGCAUCACACCGAGAUACACGAAGAUCGUGAAGCAACAUGCUGCGCGAAACCGCGCCUCUAUUCACCCCUGCACGGAAAUCAAGACACAUGAAUUCAACCCAGCAACACAAACCUGGUCCCUAACAACCGACCCGCCAAUUCCAGAUCUACCUCCAAUCGACUUUAUCUAUUUCGCAACGGGAGCGAAAGCCGACGUGCGCGAAAUGCCACUCCUUCGUGAAAUGAAUGAUCAAUACCCCAUUGAGGUCAAAUCAGGUCUACCUUGCCUGACGAACGACUUGUCGUGGAGGAAUGACGUGCCACUUUUCAUGACGGGACGCAUGGCGUCCCUACGCCUUGGGCCGGGAGCACCGAAUCUAGAGGGGGCCCGAAUGGGCGCAGAACGAGUCGCGUGGGGCAUUGAAGAAGUAUUACAGAAAAGCGAGAAGGCCGAUGAGCAGUGUGAGGGAUUCUGCGGCCUUGGUAAUCGGUAUGCCUCAUUGGUGGACGAAUAA